GAUAGUAGCCUUCUUCUCGAUGUACAGUGACUCUGAGCGGAGAAGUUAUUUUUGCCUGUUGUUGGACGUUGUGUAUCAAGCGGUAAUGUUUUGGGGUUUUAACUUGCUACGUUGAGAAAAGUUUUGCUCGGAUAUCGUGGCCAUUAUGUCGCCGAACAGUGCCAGCCAUCCAGGGACUGAGGCGGCGUCUUGAGAUCCGGGGCUAAGUGGCCUGUGCCCUCCUCAAAGGGUGGCAGCUGUACCGGCUGCUGGGAUGCUACGGAAGAGCAGCAGCAGCAGCGGUGGCAGUGGGACUAAACACAGCCAGGGCCUGCCACGACACCUUUCCAAGCCCCACACGGGAUCCCUCUCAGCCGGAUCCACAAAAACCUGGGAUAUACGCAGCAGCUCCAAGUCCUCCAACCCUCUUAGCAGUAUGGGGUUAACAUCUCACCUGGUGGGUGCACCGGGAGUGGACCCAGAGUAUGUGAUGCAGCUGGUGAAUGACGUGAGGUGGUUUGCAGAUGUGCUGCUCAACCUGAAGGAAGCUUUCAAAAGUACAGAGCUCCAGGAUGAUCUUCAGCAGGUGGUGCAGGAACGUCUAGCUGAGUUACUCCGUGUCCUCAAAGCCGUCAUCGCCAAACACCAGACCCUUAACUCGGUGGACAUCCUGGGAGCAGCUGGCACAGUCAUCGCUAAGGUCAAAGGCGUUAACUUCAAGGAAGUGACCCCAGAAAACAAAAAGGCUCUAUUUUCUGAGAUACACACAUCCAUUGACACUUUGGCGUUCACAUUCGGCAAUGUAGUUUCUGACUUCCUUAUGGGAGAUGUGGACAGUGGCUCAGGGUUGGGGAUCCCCCAGACCAGGAGAAGCAGGUCUUUUGAUAAUCUCUCUGUGGAUCCUGAGGGAUACGUUACAGAAAAAACUGACCUUGUGGGUCCAGAGGUGCCUUUGUCACGGGAGGAAGAAGUUGACUUAGCGCUGCUGAAAAAUGACAGCGGGGUGGAGUCUGCUUUACUCUACGCCAAGGCCUGGUCCAAGUACAUCAAAGACCUCCUGGCCUGGAUGGAGAAACGACUGGCUAUGGAUAUCGAGUACGCUAAAAGUUAUGCAAAGAUGGCCGAGACUGCAAGGACACUGGCAAGUCAACAGGAUUACAUGCCAUUUAGCGACAUCUAUGUUUCAACAUUCAAGAACGACAUUGAAUACAACCAGCUGCUGAUUCAGACAGCAGUCUCUCUCCAAACCAAUAAAUUCAUACAGCCUCUUCAGGCUCGCAAGAAUGAACUGGAUAAGCUGAGAAAAGACAUCAAGGAGCAGUGGCAGAGGGAGCAGAAGAAAAUGCAAGAGGCGGAUUCAAGUUUGCGAAAGGCGCGAGCGCUAAAGGCUCAGAGAAGAGAAGAAUACCAGAAAGCCCACUCAUCUACCAACCGCUCCCAGGAGGAGCAGUCCAACACUGGCAACAAACAGCUGGAGAAGAAACGGAGGCUGGAGGAGGAGGCUCUGCAGAAGGCUGAAGAAGCCAAGGACCAGUACCAGAGCUGCAUGGCUGAUGCUGGCGUCAGGAGGAUGGAUCUGGCUAACGCCAAAAGCACCAUCCUCACGCAGAUCCGAGAGAUGGUCUUCCAGUGUGACCUCACGCUCAAAGCUGUGACUGUCAACUGGUUUCAAAUGCAGCAGACCCAGAACGUUGCACUACCUGCCCACUAUCAGGCUCUGAGUGAGAAUGCCAAGUUGUACGAACCGGGCGAGUGCUAUGCCGAGUUCGUCCGGAACCUUCCCAGAAAUUUGCCCAAAGAGCGUGUGCAUUCAGACUCCAUCUCUUCUGACAGUACCAGGUUUGUGUUCAACAAAAGGUCAGUGGGCAGCACUCAUUCCUCCCACGGUAACCUAUCACAGACAUCCAUCGCCUCUUGCGAAGUUUUGAGUGGAGACGAUGUGGACGCCUCCUUGCGGCAUGGAAAGAUGAACGAGCGGAGGUCCAACAGCAGCACAGACAUACCAGCACUGAGAGGCCAGGCCACACUGAGAGCCUGGGCCUCCAGUAGUCAGGGCAGCCAGGGCGGGAUGUGCAGUGAUUCAGAGAGCGCUGGAGGCAGCAGUGAGUCCAGGUCCAUGGACUCCCCCACGGCCAGCCCAGGGGACUUUAAACGUCGACUGCCCAGGACUCCUUCCACCGGGACCAUGUCUUCUGCUGACGACUUGGACGAGAGGGAGCCGCCAUCGCCCUCGGACAAUGGUCUGGCUGAGAUGGUGACAGAGACGGCCAGUUCUCCCGGUCCCUUCCGAAACGCUCAGAUGUCCAAAGCCUCACAAACGCACAAACUCAGAAAACUACGAGCCCCUUCGAAAUGCAGGGAGUGUGACAGUCUGGUGGUUUUCCAUGGAGCAGAAUGUGAAGAGUGCUCCCUAGCGUGCCAUAAAAAGUGUCUGGAGACUCUCGCUAUCCAGUGUGGCCAUAAGAAGCUGCAGGGCAGACUGCAUCUGUUUGGUAUCGACUUCACUCAAGCAGCAAAGAACAGCUCAGAUGGAAUCCCAUUUAUCAUCAAAAAGUGCACAUCGGAGAUUGAGAGUCGAGCACUCAACAUUAAGGGAAUCUAUCGAGUAAAUGGAGCCAAAUCACGUGUGGAGAAACUCUGUCAGGCAUUUGAAAACGGGAAAGACUUGGUGGAGCUGUCUGACCACUCACCACAUGACAUCAGCAAUGUCCUUAAACUCUACCUGCGGCAGUUACCAGAGCCUUUGAUACUGUAUCGAUACUACAACGACAUCAUCGGCCUGUCCAAAGAGUGUCAGAGAGUCAUAGUGGAGGAGGCUGAUAAACACCAGACCACUCAGACGGCAGAGAAAGAAGGGCCCAGCGUUCAGCUCAACAGAGUCAUUUUCAAGAUCCGAGACCUACUGCGCCAGCUUCCUACAGCCAACUACCGAACACUGCGCUAUCUGAUAGCACAUCUGAACAGGGUGAACAAACAGGCUGAGGAGAACAAGAUGACCGCCAGUAACCUGGGCAUCAUCUUCGGCCCCACGCUGGUCAAACCACGGCAGACGGACGCUGAGGUGUCCCUGUCCUCCCUGGUGGACUACCCUUACCAGGCCCUAAUGGUGGAGCUGCUGGUGCGACAUUACCAGACGGUGUUCGACGUGUCGUCCCCGCACAGCUCUGACAUCACAAUGGCUGGCCAGGCAUCCCCCAGACUCACACCCCAAGAGAAGGUGCAGCGGCUCAGCAGACACUCAGCUUCACUGAUGGACAUCAAAGAGAGUGCCAAAAUCUUCAAGCGCUACUCUUCAGUGAUCCCAUCAUCACAUAUCCUGGAUGAGGUGCAGGAGGUCCAGCCAGGAACAGACAAAACAGACAAAACAGACGCAGACUCGGACAGACUCAAUGGGAUCCAGACGUCCAGUGGAGAAGAAACCCAGAGGUCAACCCUAGUCUUUGGCCGUCCCAGCACCACCAUGGGGCAAAAGGUGCAGUUACGCACACAGCGUACCAGACAAGUGUCUCGACCAAUCAGCAUGCCGCUGGAACGUCUGCCCACUCCCGCCCAGAUAAGCGAGAGGAAUAAUCGUAACACUGCUGCUAAUGUCGACACGGGUCCUGCUGAGCGGGACACCGUCGCCGAAACGAUACAGGAGAUGCCAGAGCUGGAGAAGGCGCGACAGGGCGGCUCAUCCAGAGUGAGCACCUAUUACAUCACACCCUUUAUCGACACACAGACGCUGCAGAGGAGGGCGUGGGACAGGAAGUACAAGCACUAUGACGUCACACCGAGGACUGCUAUGAUUGUGGCUAACCUGCCACAGGCCGGCUCUGGAGCGCAACCUGUCAAGGCCUCGGUGCCUGCUACCGUCCCUCCAGUGACCACCGCCUCUGUGGCGCCGACCACAAGCAGCGUUAGCACCAUAUUCCCCAGUAACCCCUACACAGUGUCACUCAAGUCUGUCUGGACUAAAAGGGAACUCGACACAGGCAAUUGUGAGCCCAGCAGCUCCCCAACCCUUCCACUAACACUCAGGGCACCGAGGACUCUUCAGCCUCCCCCCGGGACUUUCUACAAACCUCCUGUUUCUGUUAAUAGCAGAGCCAGGACACUUCCAAGCUGGACUACUACCGUUACCACCGUCACAACCACCACCACCGCCACCUCAUUUACCCCCAACAGCCCCAACCAGGCCGUUACACCGUCCCCUGGCCAUAUGAGCCCCCCACAGACACGGCUCCAGACACAGGACUCCACAGACAGCGCCAUUGACCCCGGGGUCUCCAACUCCGCUACCCUUUCACCCCCCCAGUCACCACCUCCGAGCAGCCCCGACGACCUCAGCCCCGGUGAGACUAAACCCGUCUACCAAAGACUGAGACCUCGGCGGCUGCAGGAGCUCGAGCACAGGGAGGCUCAUUUUGUCUAAUGCCAAAAAAUCUUUGGCACCAUUUUACAAGAAGACUACUCUGAUAAAUGCUUUAGAAUUGGGUUAUUAGUUCGGAUGUAACUACUUUAUAAGUCAUUCAUAAAUACUCAUAAAGAUGAUUCUUCAGACUCACUAUUUGGUGAGAUGCUGUCAAGUGGCUGCUCAUCAGUCAGCAUGUUUGACCAUUUACUAAUGAAUUAUCCACACUUAUUUUAGGGUUUUCUAACAGAUUACUUCAAACACAAAGCUCUAGUGUAUGAAUCUUAUUAAUUUGACAUGUCAUAAUUUGACAGUUGACAAAUGUUCAUGGAGAAUACAAAUUCAAUCUGACAUUUAACUGUAAACAGCUUAAUGUGGGUUCACUAUUUGGCAACAACACAUCACUGCUCUGAUGUGGAACAACAUUAAUGGUGUUUUAAUGUAUUUACAACCUAAUUAAUGACCACAUUUAUAAAUCCUUUAUGAGGGUACUCUUACUGUGACGUGGUGCCAUACCUUUUCUAUGUGUAAAUAUAACUGUAUCUGUGCCAGAGUGUAUACUGGGAAAACAAUUUUAUCAAACAAGCUAAGAGUGUCAGUAGACAGGUCUGUGAAAAUAAACCACACAAGUGUUAUAAGUACUAAUAUAUUCUAUUUUACAUGUUCAGUGUCGACAGAGAUUGGCAUCCUAAAAGAAAAACUCUGAUGCCAAUCUUAAAUUGUGUCACAUUUUAAAUAAGAAUUGCAUGAAUUUUAUUUUUAUGUCAAAGAAAAUUGCUAUCUGUCUCUAAAGAAGUACAGACCUAUCAUUUCCUUGUUUUAACUCAACAGUUAAAACUCAUGUACAAUGAUUGUUUUGCUCUGAAAUUGUACUUUAUUGUAAUCACACAAUGCACUUAAUACAGGUUGAAAAUCUAAUGUUGCCUUAUUGUUAAAAUGUUCUUAAUUUUGUAUUUUAUUCCACAUGGAAUAGAUGGAAGUAUUUUUAACAUAAGGUUUUAAAUUAAAAAAAAAAAGUUCAGAAUAAUUUUUACCUUUAAAUCUCUCCAUUGUAGUCUGUGAUUGGUACAUCUGUUCUCAGUAUGUAAACUUUAUGUACAUGUUUACAUUUUAUAUUCAUUCAUAAAUACUGCAUGUUUGUCAUAGUAACGUGUCAUCACGUUAUUGUGAUGUGACAAGAAAAAUGACAUGCAACAGUUCUUGCUGCAAAUUAAAGUGUAGUUUAAACAGA